UUGAGACACACGCAGCAUCUGGCGGAGGAUUAACAUACAUACAUGUGUAUGUAUGCGUCACGUAUAUAUUUGCUGCAAAUGGUGGGGAUCAUUUAGUGCCCGAGAUGGGAGACCUGAAGUCAGGUUUUGAAGAGGUGGAUGGCGUGAGGCUCGGCUACCUCGUCAUUAAAGGGAAGCAAAUGUUUGCCCUCUCCCAAGUCUUCACAGAUCUGCUGAAAAACAUCCCGAGGACGACCGUGCACAAGCGCAUGGAUCAUCUGAAAGUGAAGAAGCACCACUGCGACCUGGAGGAGUUGCGGAAACUCAAGGCAAUCAACAGCAUCGCCUUCCACGCGGCCAAAUGCACGCUCAUCUCCCGGGAAGACGUGGAAGCGCUCUACACCUCCUGCAAAACCGAGCGUGUGCUCAAGACCAAGCGCAGGAGGGUCGGCCGGGCCCUGGCCACAAAGGCGCCGCCGCCAGAGCGCGCCGCCGCCGCCAGCCCCCGCCCGGGUUUUUGGAAGGACAAGCACCAACUUUGGCGGGGCCUGAGCGGAGCCGCGCGGCCCCUGCCAAUCAGCGCGCAGUCCCCGCGCCCGGGCGCCGCCGCCGCGCGCCCCGCCGCCCAUCUACCUCAGAUUUUUAGCAAAUACCCGGGCUCGCACUACCCGGAAAUCGCGCGAUCGCCUUGCAAACCCCCUCUAAACUAUGAAACUGCCCCGCUGCAGGGAAACUACGUCGCCUUCCACUCGGACCCUGCUUAUUUUCGGAGCCUGCUAUGCAGCAAGCAUCCGGCUGCCGCCGCCGCCGCCGCCGCCGCCGCCGCCGCCGCCGCAGCCGCCGCCGCCUACUACCAGGCAUCGGCGACCGGGCCCCAGCCCAAGGCGGCGGCGGCGGCGGGCGCCGGAGGCCCGGUGAGCCUGACCUACCGGUGCAAGCGCAAGCGCGGGGGCUCCAAGGACUGCCUGCUCGCGCCCCACGCCGGCGCCCGGCGCCUGCUGCUGCUGCCCAGGUCCUACAAAGCCAAGGCGGCGGCGGCGGCGGCGGCGGCUGCGGCGGCGGCGGCGGCAGCGGCUGCCGGGGCAAGUUGCCUGGAGAGGUUUCAUCUGGUCAACAGCUUCUGCCCGCCUCCCCACCAUCAUCAUCACCAUCACCAUCACCAUCACCACCACCACCACCACCACCGGGCCCAGCAGCCGCAGCCGAACCACCACCACCCUCACCACCACCGGCCGCAGCCCCAGCUGGGCAGCUUUCCCGAGAGUUGUAGUAGCGACUCCGAGUCCAGCUCCUACUCGGAUCAUGCAGUCAACGACUCGGAUUUUGGCUCCAGUUUGUCCAGCUCCAGCAACUCUGGGUCCUCGGAGGAAGAGGAGGAGGAAGGAGAGGAGGAGGAGGAGGAGGAGGAGGAGGAGGAGGGGGGGAGUGGGGCCUCGGAUUCCAGUGAAGUCAGCUCGGAGGAAGACUCGUCGUCCGAGUCAGACUCCAGCUCCGGCUCCAGCCAAGUGUCAGUGCAGAGCAUCCGUUUCAGGCGCACCAGCUUCUGCAAGCCUCCCAGCGUGCAGGCGCAGGCCAACUUCUUGUACCAUCUGGCCUCCGCCGCCGCUGCAACCAAACCCGCUGCUUUCGAGAGUGCCGGCAGACUUCCCGACCUCAAGAGCAGUGUCAAAGCGGAGUCGCCCGAGGAGUGGAAUCUGCAGGGCUGGGCCCCCAAAGCGUCUCCGGUGUACUGCCCGGCCAGCCUGGGGACUUGUUUCCCAGAGAUAAGGAACGAUAGGGUAUCUGAGAUUACAUUCCCACACUCUGAAAUUUCCAGUACUGUAAAGAGAACUGACCUGACAAUUAACUGCCUUGCAGAGGGGGCCUCUCCACCUAGCCCAAAGACAAACAAUGCAUUUCCACAACAAAGAAUACUCCGAGAGGCUAGGAAAUGCCUACAAGCAACUCCUCCGACACACUGUGCAGAUAACAGCACAAUAGCUGCUAGGUUCUUAAAUAAUGAUUCUUCAGGAGCAGCAGCAAAUUCAGAAAAAGAUUCCAAAAUCCCUUAUUGUCCUGAAUUUGCUACGGAUUUGCCCUCUUCGCAAAGUGAUCCUAAAGUGAAUGCUGUAGCAUCAGUAGCAGCAGCAACAGCAACUAAAGCCGAGAAUCCCUGCACUGACACAGGCGACAAAACAUUGCCAUUUCUGCACAAUAUUAAAAUCAAAGUAGAAGACAGUACUGCUAAUGAAGAAUAUGAACCUGAUCUUAUUACAAAUAAGCUUAAGUGCGAGUGCAAUGAUACAAAGGGUGAGUUUUAUAGUGUGACUGAAAAUAAAGAGGAGGACGCCUUGUUAACCACAGCCAAGGAAGGAUUUGCAUGCCCUGAGAAAGAAACUCCUUCCUUAAACUCACUGGCUCAGAGUCAGGGCCUUUCAUGCACUUUAGGUUCUCCAAAACCUGAGGAUGGGGAAUACAAAUUUGGUGCCAGGGUAAGAAAAAAUUACCGGACACUAGUACUGGGAAAACGACCUGUCCUUCAGACACCUCCAGUCAAACCAAAUUUGAAAUCAGCUAGAAGUCCUCGUCCUACAGGUAAAACUGAGACACAUGAAGGAACACUGGAUGACUUUACAGUUAUAAACAGACGCAAAAAGGUAGCCAGCAAUGUAGCAUCAGCAGUGAAAAGGCCAUUUAAUUUCAUGGCAAAUUUUCCUUGUCCACCAUCACUCAUUAUUGGGAAGGAUGGGGAUUUGUGGCCUGCGUAUUCCUUAAAUACCACUAAGGAUUUCCAACCUCCUCACAAGGCCCAUCCUAUAUGGAAAUGGCAGCUGGGCGGUUCUGCAAUACCUCUUCCACCUAGUCACAAAUUCAGGAAAUUUAAUUCAUAAAAAUGUUUUGGAAGAUAUUUUCUUGAACCAUAUUACCUUCCUUUUGUUGUAAACUGCACAGGAUGGUUUGUACAAGUCCAUUAAUGGUGUUACACCCCUUUCGGAGUCCUGGUUUAUCGCAUUUUGAAGACAGAAAUCGGAUUACUUUUUUUUUUUUCCAUUGCGAGUUUUUUUUUUUUUUUUUUUUUUUUGGGGUGGGGUGGGGGCGGGGUGGGAGAAGGGUUGGUUUACAUACCACAGACUACUUCAGGCUAAAGACUCAAGUAAAACUCAGUUAUUAUGGUAGAGCUGGAACACUUUACUGUUUCAAUGCUAAUAAUGCACCGGUACCUCAAUUCAACUGCUACAAAUAAAUGUCAAAAGGUUGAAUAAUAAAUAUUACAAUGAGCCAUUAAGUUUAUGCACUAGAUUUCAGACCUGGAAGUGUAACUGUUAAUUCAGUGAAAGUUUGUUAGGUGACAUGGUUACACAGUGAGGUAGCAAGAAGUUUCUGUGAGCCCAAAAUGUAAUUCUUCUGGAGCUCUUGUUUGUGGGGUGUCUUUUUUCUUUUUUACUUCCCUCAUUUCCCCCUCCAAGAGUAGUUGCACUUAACUUUUUUUUUUUCCUAAGUGGAAAGAUUGGGAUGUGAGUCAUGAUUGAAUGCUGAUUAAAAAAAAAAAAAAAAAAAAGCUGCCUCAUAUAUAUAAUAAGUAAAAGAAAUAUGGGAUUGAUUUUAUUUUAUUUUUUUGAAAGGAGGUGCUUUUACUUUUACAGCCACUCCUUGCAAUUGGAAAAGUACUUUUUGUGUUCUCACCCAAACAUUUUAAAUAAGAUGACUCUUAACUAUUGUCCUGCUUAUCUUGUGGUCUGAACAUGACUCUUCAAACUUUCAAAACAAUGAAAAUAUCUCUCUUAAUAGCAGGAUAUUUUAUGGUCUCACUCUUCAUAGUGACAAAGCAGUAAAUACAACCAAGAAAAAGAAGGGUCAGAGUUGUAAUACCCCAAAUGAAAAAUAACAGUUAUUUCAGGGCUUUUUUGGUACCAGAACUCAGGCACUUGGAUUUUAUUACCUUAUACUUUUUUUUCUGCAUUUCCCUAAACUUCUGUUUUCAGACCAUCCUGUGUAUAGAGCAGGAGUGUUUCUACUGCAAGUGACAAUCAGAGGCGACUAUCUAUAUUUGCACUUAAAAAUCAAAGUAGUUCAACAUGCAAAUGGCUAGGGUCUAGCACUUGGUAAGGGCCAUGCUGGUGUACUAUGUUAUAAUGAUGAGAGCAGUAAAUCAAAAUUAUGGAAAUUUGCACUGUUGAAAAGCAUGCUUUAGCUUUAUUUUCAAUUAAAAACACUGUUUAAAAUUCCUGGUCCCAUACAUUUCUACUUAUUCCAGAUUCAAGAACGGUUAACAGGAAUGAAUGGUUUUGUUGACAUUUUCACUUGUAAUGGUUUUGCCUGAAAGAAAUGCAUUUAUUUGGUACAGUGUUUUGUUGUGAGACUUUGUGAUGAGGCCAGUCAGAUCCUGGGCAUGACACUGGUGGAUUUCUUCCCAAAAUAACAAGAAAACUUUACAAAAUUGUUACAAAUCAAGUACUAA